AAAAGACCCUUUUUUUUCCCCUUUACCAGUUUAAGAUGCUCUUUCUUCACCCUCCAAAUUGUAGCAUCUCCAAAAGAUGGGCUUGCACCAUCAGUUGUAGUUGAGUUACAGCAGGAGCUGCUGUUCCUAUAUCUUUUUCCAUUCCUUUUAUUUUCACUUUGGUUGCAGCUCUAGAUUGAACCCUGUUACCUUCUUUCUCCUGUAUGAAGACCUUUUAGUGUUUACAUUAAGAGAUAAAAGAAACCAUGUUUCAUCCUGGUCAAGCCACGGAGGAGGUCACAAAAAUUGAACUUAACAACCCAAAAAGCCUAUUGCUUCCUGGAAGUAGCCUUGCCUCUGUUGAAUCCUUAUCUAUGCCACUUGUCCACCAAGUUGUUCUCUCAGCCGAUAUUCAGUGUGCAGAGUGUCAAAGGAGAAUAGCACACAUAAUGUCAAGAAUGAAGGAGACAGACUCAGUUUUGGUGACUGUGUUGGAGAAGAAGGUAACACUCACCAGUAGAUACCCUAGUAAUGGAAAGCAAGUUGCUGUUAUUAACAAGAAUCCUCUCAGCGCAAUGAGCAUGGUGAAGAGGAUUUUUCGCACUUUCCGAAGAUGAAUCGGAAUAAAGCAAAGCGAACAUUCAACAUGCUAACUGUUCUUCUUAUCAAGAUAUUUUGUUUAUUACAGCCUGAAAGAAAAUAAAUGAUUCAAAGCAGUGUGGUUAUCAGUUUAGCCAUAUCUCACUUGUAUAUAUGGCACUUUCAUAGCAUUUACUUGAAAAGUUUCUUGCCUUAGUUAACUGAUGAAUGAAUCAAAUUUCAUCUUUUUGGCGUGGCAGAA